AAAGACAGAUAGGACGUUAUCAGCAAAUUAACAAAUACCGAGAGAUAAGCACUUAUAUUCCUUUCGCUUCCAUCCAGCGCUGUAGUCGGCGAUUAAAAUAUAACUUGGAAUUAUUUUAAGAUGGAGAAGUCUGACGGUCCACCUGAGAAUGAGCAAGAGAUAUACAGAAAAAUCUCAACCAUGGUAAUGGAGCACAAUGAGUUGUUGGACCAGAUGAAAUUCAAGCAGGAAAUGAUAUACACGUUAGAAACCGAGCUGUCGGGCAUGCAAAGAUUGCGUUCCUUAGAUAUUCUGUCCAAUGACGAAUACUUAUGCGGCAAUUGCAAGGAAAUUAAGGAUCCGGAAAAGCGGCAACUGUGGUCGCUGAACAAAAUUUUCAGCAGGGUCCUUUACAGGAAGCCAAAAGACAUGGUCUAUUUGUCGAGAAUUUUCCACUACCUCGAAACUUUGGUUAUGAAAGGUGAUUUGACACCGAUCAUGAGGGAGAACGGCGAUGAAAAGUGCCAGUACUGCGAGCAGAUCUUGCGCGGCGAAGCUUUCAACAAGCUUUUUGAGUUGUGCAUCUUGGCCGAACUGAAGGAUUGGCAAGAGAGCGCUCCAUUUCAGGAGUGCGUGGCCUACGUGAUGGACGUGAUUGAAGGGACAGAGCAAGCAGCAGCAGCAGCGCCAGUAAGAGCAACAAGAGACAAGGUGGACAACAUCGGGGUUGAGCCUCUCGUGGAGAAAAAACGGGUCAGCCUGGUAGGGGACGAGAUGACUAUUUUGGAGAAGGAAAACUCAGAGAAGAAACUGGAAGUGAAGAAGCUGCAGGAGGAGGUGAACAAGCUCAAGAGUAAGCUGGAAAGAAAGGAUUCGGGGAGAGGCAAAAAGCAGGCGGGGACCACGGUUGCGUACGGCCAUUUGGCGGCGAGCCCUGACCAGCAGAAGGACGCCAAGGUCACCUACACCGUCAACGAGCACUUAAGACUGACCAUGUUCGCAGCCGCGCCGCACGAAGACCCAAACAUCGUCAUCAGAAAGUGGGAGUACGAAUUGAAGAAAUGCAGCGUGCCCAGGUGCGACUGGGUGCUCUUUGUCACCAAAAGUUUGAAGGAGACGGCGAUGCAAUGGUGGGAGUUGCAGGGUUUCAGCGAAGACAUUGCCUGGGAGGAGUUUGUAGAGCGUCUCCAGAGAGCCUUUGGCAGAAAGGAGCUGCGGCGCUGGCUGUCUUACGCGGGCAACCUAUGUUUCAGCCAGGCCAACGAAGCGGUCGGACCCUACGUCAUGCGCAGGUACCAAAUCGUGCUGCGAGCCGUCAACCAAAACCAGUCGUUGGCUUUGAAACUUCUUGAGAAGCAUAUCAACAUGAAGAUCGGACGGUACCUCAACUUCCAUUCUUAUGAGGAUUUCUUUUUUUCACUGGUUGCUGAUCAAGUGAUGGAGUUUGAUUCUGUUAAGCUAAUGUUUUCGCAAGUUUUGACAGAAAUCAGAAACGAUGGCAGGUACUGGCAUGAGUAUUUGUAA